GCUGCCGCUCAAAAUUGCCUAGUCCAAGGAAUCCGAACAGAAAUCUUUCUCCUCCUCUCAGCAUCCUUCCCUCUCUUCGGUCUCUCUCUGGUGUCUGAAAAAUUGACCCGUCAAUUCCCGUAUUGCACAGAGGGAUAGAUUAGAGAAACGAUGGAAAUGGGCAAGAAUAAAUCAGAGAAAUUUUCAAUGGAUUUUGUGAUGGCUGGAAUGGCAGCUAUAGUAUCAAAGAGCACAGCAGCACCCAUUGAGAGAGUGAAGCUUUUGUUGCAAAAUCAAGGGGAGAUGAUAAAAAGGGGACAGCUUCAUCAACCUUACAAUGGUGUUGGUGAUUGCUUUAAAAGGGUAUUAAGAGACGAAGGUCUCUUCUCUUUCUGGAGAGGUAACCAAGCCAAUGUCAUCAGAUAUUUUCCUACUCAGGCAUUCAACUUUGCAUUCAAAGGUUACUUCAAAAGCAUUUUUGGGCAUUCAAAAGAGAAAGAUGGAUACAUGAUGUGGUUCGCUGGAAAUGUGGCUUCAGGGAGUGCUGCUGGAGCAACUACAUCUUUGUUUUUGUAUCAUUUGGAUUAUGCCCGUACUAGACUUGGCACUGAUGCCAAAGGGUGCUCAAUUAAUGGUCAAGGCAAGUUCAACGGGAUAUUUGAUGUAUACCGUAAAACCUUAUCAAGUGAUGGCAUUGCGGGCCUCUAUCGGGGAUUUGGGGCUUCAAUCAUGGGGAUUACUCUGUACCGUGGCAUGUACUUUGGGAUUUAUGACACGAUAAAGCCUAUAAUUUUGGUGGGGCCUCUUGAGGGGAAUUUCUUAGCUAGCUUCUUCUUAGGUUGGAGUAUCACCACAGUUUCUGGGGUCUGUGCCUAUCCUUUUGACACUGUUCGACGGCGAAUGAUGCUAACCUCUGGACAGUCCAUAAAGUAUCGCAGUUCUAUGCAUGCUUUUCGUGAGAUUGUUCAUCUUGAGGGUUUCACAGCACUUUUUCGAGGAGUUACUGCCAAUAUGCUUCUUGGUGUGGCAGGAGCUGGAGUACUUGCAGGCUAUGAUCAGCUGCACCGACUUGCAAGUAGACAAGGUUAUAGUUUUGAGUCUUAUCAAGGUGCAUUGAAGUGAAAGCCAUGGACUCAUGAUGUAUAUACAAGCAUAGCUUUUAAAUUAACUUUUACUGAGGUGAGAAAAGGAGCUUGGGGGAGUGGGAUUGGGACCAGAAACUUCUUGGAAUUAAAUGUGGAUCUGUUGGGACUGUUUUACCCUGAAUAUUGAAGGGCUCCUUUGUAUAUUUUCUGUACAGUUCAUCAACUUACAUGAUUUAUUGGUAUGCAAUUGUAGAUGACAAGUUUUACUAAGGAAUCAACCAUGAUACUUUAUUUUGUACGA